AUGGGACACCAUCCAAGUGAUUUUCUUUCAUCCAUGGCCGAUAAGAGUACAUCACUCAAGGAUUUGUUGGACAUCCGGAUCCCACUCCCAGCGGCUGAAGUCGCAAGCAAAGUAUUCAAAGUGAUCGCGUUUGCUGCUCGGUGCAUAGAACCAAAUCCAUCACGCCGUCCAACAAUGCAACAAGCAAUCAAGGUGUUCACUGCUGCUGGAGGACCUGAUAAUCAUGUCGAUUAUCUGCACACUGGCAUUGUUAUCCCUGCCUGCUGGUCGUGA